UAUACAGUGAAUCAGUCUGUGAAUCAAGAAAACAUAACCUCUUUUCUUAAAAGUAAUAAAAGUAUGUCUUUAUUGUUGGAGUUUAUCUAAAAUUUUAGAUUCAUUCCAAUAACAUUGCUAUCAACUUUUAACAAAGAUGGAAGCUAAAGAAAAGGCUGAUCAUCUUUUGGCGUUGAAAGUGAUGCGCCUAACCCGUCCCACACUGAGCAGUCCGGCAAUAGUGACCACAGAUUCGAGUGAUCUGCCGGCUAACCUACUCAACAACCAUCUCAAGAGCAACGUGGCGACCGUCGCUGGCCUCGAAACAAUUGCUGCUGGACAAUUCCUCCUCUUGCCACAGAGUUUUGGGAAUAUCUAUUUGGGAGAAACGUUCUCCAGCUAUAUUUGUGUACAUAACGCCAGUAGCCAAGCAGCGAAGGACGUCACAUUGAAGGCUGACUUGCAGACGAACUCUCUGCGUAUCCCAUUAUGCGGCAACCAGGCAGAUCUGACGGCACGUGAUCUAGAUCCUGGUCAAACUCUCGAUGAAGUCAUUCAUCAUGAGGUCAAGGAGGUCGGCACUCAUAUAUUGGUGUGUGAAGUGACCUACUCGCCUCUCACCCUGACAAGCAACCGGACUUCAUUUCGCAAAUUCUUCAAGUUUCAAGUUCUCAAGCCUCUUGAUGUAAAGACCAAAUUAUACACUGCUGAGGAACGUAUCUCUGAUGAAGUGUAUCUAGAGGCUCAGGUGCAAAAUAUCACACUGGGACCAAUCAGCCUUGAAAAGGUUGCUCUCGAGUCAUCACAUCUGUUCACAGUGAAUGCUCUAAACACGAAACCAGACCCAGAUGCAUCGUCAGUUUUCGGCGACGUGAAUGUGGUUCCGCAGGGAGCAUGCCAUCAGUUCCUCUACUGCCUGCUUCCUCAGCCGCAGCUGAUAGGCGACCAACGGCUGUUGAGCGGUGCCACGAAUAUAGGCAAACUGGACAUAGUGUGGCGAUCCAAUCUGGGCGAACGGGGUCGGCUGCAGACCAGUCAAUUGCAGAGGAUUGUUCCGGACUACAAAGACAUUCGACUAUCAAUUCAGGAACUGCCCAAUCUUGUUACAAUUGAACAGCAAUUCGAGUUUCGCUGCAAGAUUGUUAAUACCUCUGACCGCUUGAUGGAUCUAGUGCUGGGUUUGGAGCCUUGCAACGGUCUAGCAUGGUGCUCCGUUUCGGGAAAACAGAUGGGCAAACUAGAGCCUGGUAACUCUCUGCAGCUGUCUCUCUCUGUUGUGCCGCUCAACACUGGACUACAGGCAAUAUCAGGAAUCAGACUGAAAGAUGUUUCUUUAAAGAGAACCUACGACUAUGAUGAUCUCGCGCAAGUAUUCGUCACUCAACUUCCACAAUCCAUUCAGUGCUAGUCAAGACAACUAUCUUAUUCAAUAGAUAGUUUUCUAUCACCACUAAAAUUCCAAAUGUUUCACAACUUCCAUCAAUAUAAUUCUUCUGCUUUAUAUAUUUCUUUCAUGAAUUGAAGAAUUUUUUAAUGAAUUAAAAAUUGUGAUGGAAUCAGCUUCUAUUGGAUAGUAGAGCUGCGUUUACACCAAAGUUAUCAACAAAAUGUUUAUUUUUCGUCCUUAUAUAUUUUAUUAGAUUGAACGGAACUUGACAAACACACAUGCACAUCAUGUGUAUGAUAAGUUAUAUUCAGUCUAAUAGAAUCUAUAAGGACGGAAAAAUAAACAUUUUGUUGAUAACUUUGGUGUGAACGCAGCUUAAGAGCAUUUAAAUUUUCCAAUAAAUAUUGAGUGUAUAAAUGUGGUCUCUAUCAGCUUCACUGAUUAAUUUAUUUCAUAAUAAAUUGUAAAUGUAAUAUUACUAUACAACUCUAUUUCAUAUCCUUGAAUGUAGAAUUCAUGGAAAUCCUAGCAUUCAAACACUAGUAUUACAUUCUAUUCCUUUCUAAUUUAUUCAUAUGUGCUGUGUAUUUGUUAUAAUAGUCUAUGAUUUGGUGUAUUCUUAGGUGAAAUGCUUUGUAAAUAUAUUGUAAGAUGAAAGAUUUGUCGAAUAUAUAUUAUGAUGUAUUCAUAUUGAAAUUAUUGUAAAUCUUUA